CUUUGAUACCGGGCAGAAUGUCCAACGCAAGGAAUCGCCGACACAGAAGAGACCGCACGGACGCGCAGUACGCAGCGGCAAUGAUGAGGCGACAGCGUGUGCUGCGGGACCGCCUGAACCCCUUUGAGGAUUUCGACGAGGAUGGGCUGCAGCAACGGUUCCGAUUUGGAAGAGCGGGCAUAAUGUUUCUCGCCGACACACUGCGUCCGGACUUGGAGCGCCGUACACGUCGUAGCCGCGCCCUCUCUGCGGAGCAGCAAGUGAUCAUCGCCUUGCAGUUCUACGCAACUGGGAACUUUCUGAUCACUGCAGGCGACUACAUCCGCGUGCAUGUGUCAAGUGCUUCACGGGCUGUGAGGCAAGUCACCGUAGCGCUGGCUCGUCGAGCACAAGACUUCAUACGAUGGCCUGACGCUGCGGAGGGGGCAGCCUUGCAGCACAAGUUCUACGACAUGGCCGGCUUUCCUUUGGUCGUGGGUGCUGUUGACGGUACCCAUGUCCGGAUCCAGGCACCCCAUGUGCACGAGGAGGCGUACGUCAACCGCCAUGGAUACCAUUCCAUCAACGUACAGGUGGUCGUUGACACCUCUUCUCGGAUUCGCAACGUGGUUGCAAGGUGGCCUGGAAGCACCCACGACUCUCGGAUCUUCACGGAGAGCACCUUGGCAGUCAAGCUGGCCAGUGGAGAGUACGACGGCCUGCUGCUUGGUGACAGCGGCUACUCCUGUCAACCAUGCAGCCGAGGUCGCAUACAAUAG